GUGACGAGACAGGCGAAUCGAAGGCUGGCAGCGUACGCAUAUGGACGGUGUUUUUCUUUUGGAGAUAUGUGGUUAUAGGUGCACUUCCGAGCUCCCCUUACCCCUUGCAGGCCUCCGGGCCAGGUUCUCCCCUGGAUCUGGGCGCCCAAGGCGUCGGUGACCUCUCCUCCUCCCAGUGCCUCCUCUGGACUUUUGCAGCAUCAGGGCCAGAGCAGGCCCCGAUCCGAGGAACUUGCGUGGAGGCUCUCUUUCUUGGCAAGAGAGUUGGCCUCCAGAGUCGCUUUUACUGUGUGAUUGCUGCCGAGGGCCUCUCCGAUCCCUGUGUGGUCAGGAGCUUUGCGGCUUACAAGGCCAUCGUGGGAGUUUUGAGGUCAGUGGAAGGCGGCAGUGUUACCCUCUUGGAAUGUCAAUGGCCCUGGCCGCCCGAGCCCGAUGCCGACGGCGAGCCGCUUACAUGCAUAAGCUAUGUGGUGAUGAAGCGGCCAGAGGGCUUCAUCUUGUGCCUGCCUCUAGGUUUCCUGCCCGAGAGCUUGGUUUUGGCAGGCCAGCUGAACGAGGAGGAGAGUGGACGGCUGCCGGGGGCCCUUGCUAUAGAUCUCCCGGCCUCUGCUUCGGUCGCUUUGUCUGUGCCCGACCUGACAGCUUUUGGGGGCAUACCUUUUCUGUUGGAGGACCCAGGCCUUUUUCCUUUGGCCUCCGACGUGCUCGCACAAACACAGGAGUGGGCUGCCGAGGCCCUUGGAGCACAGAGGUCAGGCUACCAGACUGCAGUCGAGGAGCCAGCCCCGCGCCGGCCAAAGGGCUCUCGGGCCAAAAGACACACCGUGGCCUCCUUGGCAGAAGACCAGGCGAAUCUGCAGGCUCUUGUCCGUGGCCUUGCCUCGCAAAUCUCCUCCCUUCUUCCAGCGGCGGCGGGCAGCAACUCCCUGGCUCAGGGCCCCGCCGCCGACUGCCCACCAGGCUUAGGUCCAGAGCAGGUCUUGCCAAAACAGGUGCAGGCUUCCAGGCUGGAGGCGCCGUUGUCUGCAGUGCCCCCGGCCCAACACGUGCCAAAGGCCUUAGCUCAGGUUAUAGGCCCCCCGCCCCCCGCAAGGCAGGCUCCAAAACGUGCUUCACCGAUGGUCGACCUCGAGGCCCAGCUUGCAGAUACCAUUGGUGGAGGAGACGGUGCUCCAGAGGCCCCUUCGGCCCUGGCUUCGGCGGUGCUUGCCCAGUCGCAGGCGUUGGUCAGCCUGGUGGCCCAGCUGGCUCAGAACUCAGGCGAGCCUCUUCUAGAUGCCCCCUCGGCCACGUCGGUGCGAGGUGCAGCAGGCAGGUACCUGGAGAGGUUCGGGUCGUUCGGCAAGCAGAGAAACCUGGCCCUGGUUGCCUGGAUGACCGCUUUGGCCGGGGACCAGCUCGUCGGAGGGGCGGCAGACGCGGCAUCAGACACGAUAGCCCUCCUGCAGCUUGUCGUGGACCAGGCCUGCCUGGAUGGAGGAGACUUCACUUUUGCGUGGGUGCUAGGGUUGCAGCAAGACUUGCCGACGGGAGUGUACCAAGACGUUGCUGGGUCUGCAGGCCCCGCCACUCGUGCUUUUUCCCCCCUGGCAGAGCAGAAGUGGGUGACCGUCGCCCUCUCCUACCUCAAGGAAAUCGAGGCGAUCACCACCAGGCGGUCCGAACUGCAACCUCCUCGCCGCCCUGCGCCGCCAAACCUGGCCCAGCCGACGGACCCUCCAAAGGCAGCGCCGAAACACUCAGACCAGGAAGGGCUGUCGAAGAAGCAAGCGCGAGCAGCGGCAUGGGCUGCGAAGCGCGCGGCGGCCAGCAAGCCUCCGUCUGAGCUGCAAGCCACCGCGCUCAGCCGGCUGACGGAGCUUAUCAAGGCGUGUGCCCGCCUGGGAGGCACGACUCUUCAGGCUGGGCGUCGGGGCCUUCAGCUUGCUGCGCGCCACGCUGAAGUGCUUCAUUAUCUUCGGGCUUCGGGCCUUGCUGUGGAUUGCUACUUUGGAAAGGGCACCCUUGCUGAGAAGGUGCCAGAGUUUUCGGAGGGCCUGGUGCCCCAUUUGCCGGGAGGUCCUGAGGAGCUUUCCCCUUACCGAGACCUCGAUGCUGAGAGGAUUGUCUUGUCUGGCACCGGCUCCUGGCCUCUUGCGGAGCACCUCGGCCCUGAUCUGCUGAUGCUCUACCUCGAGCCUCGGGCUUUGCGCUCCUUUGUGCCCUCGCCUGCUCCAGGACCUAGCUUUGAGCAUGAGCGCAAGGAUCAGGUACUGUCACUCUUCAAGAAGUGGGAUUCCCUCGAGCUUUUGGGGCUGACUCCUGGGCCUUUGCCGACCGCCAGCCUCACUCGAAUCUUCGGGGCUUUCAAGGAUGGUGGCAAGGACCGCCAGAUAGGAGACCGGAGGAACAUGAACAACCAGGAGGCAUGCGUUGGCAACGGCCCCUCCUCGAGACUUCCCUCCGGCUCCUUGCUGACCAGGCUUGUUUGCCCUCGGGGCUCGCACGCGUUGUUUGGGUCAAUCGUUGACCGUCGCGACUUCUACCACCAAGCACUGGUGAGCUCGAGCCGGGCACGGUCGAAUGCCAUAGGGCCUGUUUUCUCCCUUCGGGAUUUCUAUGGGACCCAAGCCCUUGCUGAUUACCUGGCCCAGGCUGAUUCGGAGAUCCGCCGUGUGCAUGGGACGUUUAAGAGCUUGCUGCAGGGUGACCACGAGGGGUGGAGUUUGCCUGUGCGGGUCACGAAGGUUUGCUCAGGGCUACUGGCUGGGAGGGGCACGGAGGUAGCCCAGAGCGAGCGGCUGCUGAGACAGGCCAAGGCCGCCUACACUUGCGAAGGUGCGCAGGUUGACAGCUCCCCGGUUUGCCAGCUGCUCGGAGGCUCGCUCUUUCACAGGCAGGACCUGGUGUUGCUUGCUGCCCUGAGCCCCAUCAUGGUCACCAACGUGUCGGCUCCCUUCAGCUCUACGGUCUCCUGCUCGGACGCGUGGUACACUAGGCUCUGCGACGAGAGGUACGACUUCCUCGAGGUACGUUGUGGUGGGCCCUGGCUUUCUGCCCCGCUCUCCGACAGGCUCUGUGUUGGGCCAGUGGUGGACUUUUCGGUCUCUCCCUUCUUCAGUUUGUGCGAUUCCCGCUGCCUGGAGUGGAUCCACUUCAUGUUGCAGGAGGGCCGGCUCAAGUCCCUGCUUGUUGUGCCUCCGGUCGGCUCUUUCUCCCCUGCUUGGAAGCCCCGUGUUCGAGCCUGGGAUCCCCCGGUCCUCCGUUAUCGGUGCCCGCGCGCAAGGCGAGAGGAUGCAAUCCUGGGUGCGGCCGUCAGCACCCUCCUUGUGCAAUGCUUUGGCCAUGGUCCUUCACCCCUUGCAGAGUUUCGCCCGGGGCUCUGCCGCCGGCCGGCUGUUGUGCUUGUGGCUGCCCCUGGUGCCCGCACCCUCGCGCCCUUGAUCUCCAGUAUCACGGUGGAGCCUGGCUCUUCUUCCACCGAACAGCUUGCGACUAUCUUGGCCGACCUUGUCAGGGGCUGCCCUGCUGCGCCCACCUCGAGCAAAGGCCUUGAGAGCCUCCUUUUCAACGACGUCAUGCUUACCGCCCAGUGGCGUGUGUCUCGCUCCUGGCCUUGGAGGGACCGUGCUCACAUUAAUGUGCUUGAAGUGCGGGCUUUUCUUUGCGAGCUAAAGGACCGGGCUGCCUCUAACGAUGAUGCCCGCUUUGUACAUGGGCUGGACUCCUACGUUGCCCUGGGUGCCCUCACCAAGGGGAGGACCUCCUCUCACAGACUCUUGCCUCUUCUGAAGCAGUCGGCCGCCAUCCAGGCUGCUUACGGGCAGUACCCUGCUCUGCAUUUCUGCCCCACGCACGAGGUUGAAUGCUUCAGACGCCACCGCCUGGCCCCAGCGUGCAGCACCAAGACUUUGACAGUACGCUUGGCUUCCCUGGAGAGGGGCCGGACACUGGUGGAGCUCUGUCGGGUACUGCCCCUAGCCUUGCUCCCAGAGACCGACGAGGCCAGGGCAAGAGCUAGGAGCGGUGCCCAGCUAGGCGUCGGCAGACCCGUCCUGGACAGAACUUCGCAGAACCGGCAAAGGCUCCUGGCGGCCUUUGGCACAUGGCUGGCUGGCUUUGGUACAACGUUGGAAGGGCUCCUCGCAGCGCGCCCUCUUGAUCCCGAGGUCAAUGCCUCCUGGCUGGUGAAAUACGGCCGUCAGCUCUACGAAGCAGGGAGGCCAUACUGGCACUACUCGGAGACCAUAAACGGGGUCGCGGCAAUGAAGCCUUCUCUUCGGCGCUCCUUACAAGGAGCUUGGGACCUGGCCUUCAGCUGGAUGGCAAAGGAGCCCAACACACACCACUUGGCGAUGCCUCCUGUGAUCCUUUUGUCGAUGCUAUGUACCUGCCUCUACUGGGGAUGGCUUCGAGAGGCAGGCAUCUUUGCCCUUAGCUGGGGCGGGCUCUUGCGAAUAGGUGAGGCUACUUCUGCUCGGAGGUCCGACCUGAUACUCCCUGCCGACGUGCUUUACUUGCAGCGCCAUGCCCUUAUAAGGAUUGAAGAGCCCAAGACCAGGAUGAGGAUGGCGAGGCACCAGAGUGCAAAGGUGGAACAGAGUGACCUUGUCGAGCUCCUGCACCUGGCGUUUGCAGACCUGGAGCCUCCCAGCAGGCUGUGGGCUCAGUCGCCGCAGACACUGCGUCGUCGCUUCGACUUGGUGCUGGAGCGGAUUGGUCUGCCUACUGCCCGAACGGGGCAGAAGCAGCUGGAUCUUGGUUCUUUUAGGCCUGGAGGCGCGACUUUUAUUUUGUCUCAGACAGAGGACAGCAAGCUUGUUCGGAGAAGGGGCCGGUGGGCUUCCCAACGGGUUAUGGAGAUCUACAUCCAAGAAGUUCAAGCAACAGUUUAUUUUCCUUCGCUCCCGGCCGAGCUGCGACAGAGGAUCAUGAACUUGGCACAGUGCUUUUCUUCGGUAUUGGCACAGGCCGUUGCUUGGAAAAGGAUGGGUGUCCCAACCUCUUCUUGGUUUGCAAUGUUUUCUGCCGGCGAGCGGCCUAGCACUGGCCUAUACUGGAUGGGAGUCUUGGGAACAGUUUUCUUCGGCAUGCCGUUGAGCCAGAUGGUAAAUUCCUGGCGGCCUCAUGAGAGGCUUCACCUUCCGGCAGACCAGUGGAAAGCACCCAUGGCGCAGAGGCAAAAGAGAGAUGUGAGCUUCUGA